CAGGCUCAUAACUUGACGUCAUGACAAAGCUGCACUCCUCCAACGCAGGCACAUUUGCAAAGAUGUCAGAUAAUGCUGACUCUCCAACAGAAUCACAAAAAGAUGAUCCGCCUACACAGCAGCCUCCGACUGAAGACUCUGGACUUGUAGAUGAAAAGAAAAAGAUUGAUGUGUUACUAAAGGCUGUUGGAGACACUCCCAUUAUGAAGACCAAGAAGUGGACUGUGGAGCGUGGAAGAACAGUGCAUUCUCUUUCACAGUUUAUCUCACGUUUUCUAAAGCUUGAGCCUAGUGAACAACUGUUUAUAUAUGUCAAUCAGUCCUUUGCACCAUCGCCUGACCAAGAAGUAGGUGUGCUUUUUGAGUCUUUCGGCAGUGAUGGAAAGUUGGUUCUACACUACUGUAAAUCCCAAGCCUGGGGCUGAUCCAUGUUUUAUGUCUUGUCACGCUCAUACAAAACCAAACACAUUUUUAUCAGGUGUUAAUUCUUUAUGUUGUCUAUAUGUUUUUUUUUUUUUUUUAAAUGUAAAUAACAAAAUGUAAAUAAAUAAAUGAAUGAAUGUUUCAAACAUCUCUUUCUGUGUCUCUCAUCCUUUGCUCAUCAUGCCAGUAAAUUUGGUGGGACAUGGUUUUGAUGCAGAUAAAAAAAUUAAAUAAAGGAAAACUCAUUUGUGGGACAUAAUCUUCAAAGCUCACACAAUUGUUCUGUUGAAGCAU